UUCCUCUUUUCUUCUUUUUAGUUGUAAUGUGAUUACGUGUUUGUAGUUUGGGUCUCUUAGCAAUUUUUUCCAAGCAAUCCAGCCUGCUGUUUUUCUGGCUCUUUUUUCCCCCACCAGUCCAAAGGCAAACUUUCCCUUGACUUCUUUUUUCUUUUUUAUGUGCAAGUGUGUGACGUGUGAGUGGAGUUCCUGCCCUUGUUUCGUAAAGUAUAGCACAGAGAGAAGCAGAGUGGCUCGUGGAGAGGGUGGAGGUUCAGCUGGAGGUAUAAAGAAGAGAAGCUGUUGUUUUUGGUUUAAGUUUGUGCAUUUUGUCCACAUAGGAGAGAGGACGGGGAGGAGAGUUAUCAAAAACUGAGGGUGAGAGAAAGUGGCGGAGAGAAGAACACGACAGUUCCUUGAUUCUGUCGCUCAUGGGUAAAGGUGGAUGACAAGUCACAGUUAAGGAGUCCGACUGACACGGGAAGAGGAGUAGGAGGAGGAGCCACCAGAUCAAACUUCUCUCAGCAACGACAGGACAGGAUGAGGUAUCAAGGCAGGGAUAUGGAUGUUGAAGGAAGAGUGCGCCUGGUGAUGGAGAGUGCGCUAACUGCUCGGGACAGGGUCGGGGUGCAGGAUUUCGUCUUGCUGGAAAACUACACCAGUGAGGCAGCCUUCAUAGAGAACCUGCGACGACGCUUCAGAGAAAAUCUUAUCUAUACGUACAUCGGCUCGGUGUUGGUGUCUGUGAAUCCUUACAAAGAGCUGGAGAUUUACUCCAAACAGCAGAUGGAACGCUACAGAGGGGUCAGCUUCUACGAGAUAUCUCCUCACAUCUAUGCCUUGUCAGACAACACUUACCGAGCCAUGCGCACUGAGAGGAAGGACCAGUGUAUUCUCAUAUCUGGGGAGAGUGGAGCGGGUAAAACUGAGGCCUCCAAGAAGAUCCUCCUCUACUAUGCUGUCACCUGCCCUGCUAGUAAUACCAUGGCUAUGCUUGGCGAAUGCUUACUGCAGUCCAACCCUGUCCUGGAGGCAUUUGGCAAUGCAAAAACAUUUAGGAAUGACAACUCCAGCCGCUUUGGGAAAUACAUGGAAAUCCUGUUUGACUUUCGGGGAGCGCCAGUGGGCGCUCACAUACUUAACUACCUGUUAGAGAAGUCCCGUGUGGUCUACCAGAACCAUGGUGAGAGGAACUUCCACAUCUUCUAUCAGCUUCUGGAAGGUGGGGACGAUGAUCUGCUUAACAGACUGGACCUGGAAAGAAACCCUCAGAACUACCCAUAUCUGGUCAAGGGUAACUGUCCCAGAGUUAGCUCCAUUAACGACAAGAAUAAUUGGAAGGUGGUGAUGAAGGCUUUGCUUGUUGUUGGCUUCACUGAGGAAGAAGUGCAGAGUUUGUUCGAUAUCAUUGCCAGCGUUCUCCACCUGGGAAAUACUCAGUUUGGGGAAGAGGAGAAUGGAGACACUCAUAUCACCACUGAGACUCCAAUAAGGAACGUUGCAAAGCUGUUGGGUGUUGAUGGCUCAGCCCUCGGGGAGGCACUCACUCACAAGAAAUUUACUGCCAAAGGAGAGGAGAUGAUCAGUCCCCUAAAUUUUGAACAAGCCGUGUCCGCCCGUGACGCCUUAGCCAAAGCUGUGUAUGGUCGGACCUUCACUUGGCUGGUGGAGAAGAUAAAUCAGUCGAUGGCUUUCAAGGAUGACGUCUACUACACCAGUAAGAGCGCUUCAGUUAUUGGGCUGCUAGAUAUCUAUGGCUUUGAGGUCCUACAGCACAACAGUUUUGAACAGUUUUGCAUCAACUACUGCAACGAGAAGCUACAGCAGCUUUUUAUCGAGCUCACCCUCAGAUCUGAGCAGGAUGAGUACGAAACAGAAGGAAUUGGAUGGGAGACUGUGCAGUACUUUGACAACAAGAUCAUUUGCGACCUGAUUGAAGAAAAGCACAAAGGCAUCAUCUCCAUUCUGAAUGAGGAGUGUCUGAGACCUGGAGAAACGUGCGACGUCUCCUUCUUGGAGAAACUGGAAGACACUUUGGGAGGCCAUGCUCAUUUUGUCACUCACAAGCUGGCAAAUGGAAAAAUUCGCAGGAUAAUUAGUAGAGAGGAAUUCAGGCUGCUGCAUUAUGCCGGAGAGGUCAACUACAACGUCACCGGUUUUCUGGAUAAGAACAAUGAUUUGCUGAAUAGGAACCUUAAGGAGGUCAUGUGCCAGUCAGACAACCAGAUCCUAAAGCAUUGCUUCCACAGAGAGGAAGUGAUAGACCAGAAACGACCUGAGAUGGCGGCUACUCAGUUUAAAAACAGCCUGAUGAAACUGAUGGAGAUCCUCAUGUCAAAGGAGCCAUCGUAUGUGCGCUGCAUCAAACCUAACGAUGGCAAGCAGCCAGGUCGGUUUGAUGAAGUUCUGGUAAGACACCAAGUGAAGUACCUGGGCCUGAUGGAAAACCUGAGGGUCAGGAGAGCUGGCUUUGCCUAUCGUCGUCGCUUUGAAGCAUUCCUGCAGAGGUACAAACCUCUGUGUCCUGAGACGUGGCCCAAUUGGCAUGGAAGGCUUGUUGAUGGUGUUUCCACACUGGCCCAACACUUGGGAUACAAGCCAGAAGACUACAAGCUGGGCAGGUCAAAAAUUUUUAUCCGUUUCCCCAAAACACUGUUUGCCACUGAGGAUGCACUCGAAGCAAAAAAGCCAGAGAUGGCUUUGACCCUGCAGACGGAGUGGAGAGGCUACAGAGAGCGAGCCAAAUACCAACGCAUCAGGCGCGCAGUGAUCAUGAUCCAGUCUGCAUGGCGAGGGAUGAAAGGACGCAGGAGAGCUAAGCGGCGACGUCAUGCUGCCGAGUUGAUACGCAGAUUCAUAAAGGGCUUCAUCUACCGUCAUGAAGAGUACUGCUCCUACAACGACUAUUUCUUGGAUCAUGUGCGCUAUUCUUUUCUCAUGAAGCUAAGCAAAAACCUGCCCACAAGUGUUCUGGACAAAAGCUGGCUGACACCUCCUCCCUCUCUCACUGAGGCCUCGGAGCACCUGCGGAGGCUGCACAUGAGGAACAUGGUGAUGAAGUAUUGCCAGAGGAUCCAGCCUGAAUGGAAGAAGCAGAUGAUGCAGAAAGUUGUAGCAAGUGAGAUCUUCAAGGAUGAGAAAGAAAGUUACCCUCAGAGUGUUGGCAGGCUCUUUUUGGACUCUAGGCUUGAGCGCGAGCAGAUCAGUCUCAAAGUCAUCCAGACUCUUGGCAAUGACAAAGUGCAGUACGGAGUUUCAGUCAUUAAAUAUGACAGAAAGGGCUUCAAGCCUCGCCCGCGCCAGCUGCUCCUGACGAACACCUUCGCUGUCCUCGUGGACAGGACCAAGAUCAAGCAGAAGAUUGAGUAUUCAGCCCUGAGAGGUGUCUCUCUGAGUUCUCUCAGCGAUGGGGUGUUUGUUCUGCACAUGCCCAGUGAGGACAGGAAGCAGAAGGGGGACGUGGUGCUGUACUGCAGUCACGUGAUUGAGUUGGUGACAAAACUCUCCAUGAUGGCCAGCAAGAUCAACCACGUCAACAUCAGCCCGGGCAGCGUGAGGUUUGCUGUGGCUCGCGGCAAGGAAGGGAUUAUUGAUUUUGUCAGAGGAUCAGAGCUGAAGGUGUCCAAAGGAAAGCGAGGACAUCUGCUUGUGAUGGCACCUCGGAUCAACGCCACAUGAAUGCAGAAACAGCCCACCUCUUAAAUUUUUAAGUUUUUUUUAAGUUUUUUUUUUUUGAGAAACCAGACGAAUGGUAAUUUUGCUCGUAGGGCAACGUUAAUUUGUGAGUUUGCAGCAGACAGAGUUACAUCACAUCCCACAUGAGCAUUGCCUGUAUUUACAAGAAUGCUCCAAUAGUUCUGGAAAGACAAGAAACUCAGAACAUGAAUUAUGCACAUUUCUUUAUUCUCUCAUAUAACAUAUUUUCACACUGUCAAUGCAUCAAAAAUGUGCUUUUAUGCAGAACACUAUCACUGUAUUGUAAAAAAUGAACA